UUUACACAAAUUUUUCUCUGCGUAAUGGGGAUCGAAUCAACGUACGAAAUUCACCAAAACGCUUACAUCAAGCUAAUCCUCCAUGCAUCAAAGCACAAAACUUCCGCCGUCAACGGCGUCCUCCUCGGCCGUAUCUCCGGUGACUCCGCCGUCGUCGAAAUUGUGGAGUCCGUUCCGUUAUUCCACUCUCAAAUUGGCGUCCUUCCUCCUCUCGAAAUUGCCCUAAUUAUGAUAGAGGAGUAUUAUUGUGAUAAAGGUUUAAGUAUUGUUGGUUACUUUCAUGCCAAUGAGAGAUUCGAUGAUUCCGAGCUAGGAAGUGUUGCUAAGAAUAUUGCAGACCAUAUCUACAAAUAUUUCCCUCAAGCUGCUGUGCUCCUGCUGGAUAACAAGAAGUUUGAAACUUUAUCAAAAGAGGGGAAAGAUAGGAGUCCUGUAAUGCAGCUUUACACCAAGGAUGCAUCUAGGAGCUGGAAACUAGUGGGAUCAGAUGGAAGCAGCCGUUUGAAAAUUAAACAGCCAUCAGCAAAUGUCAUCCUCCUAGAUUACAUUUCAUCGGGGAAAUGGAAGGAUAUUAUAGAUUUCAAUGACCACCUUGAUGAUAUUAGCAAGGACUGGGUGAACACAGAGCUCUUCAAUUGAAGUUGCUAUGUGUAUCUCAUGUUGUUUCCGUCUCUGAAGGGAAAGGAUCCAUCACUUUGGUUAUAACAUUGUGAUCCAAUAGAAGGCCGCCUGCAGGUUAUAUUCUCAAGAAAAGGCGAUACAUUUGUCAAAAGUGCUUCCAAUCUUUUAGGAAGACUCGAUAUAACAUGUUCUCCAGCUUAUUGAUAUUGCCCUGU